UCUUGAUUUUUGUAGUUUUAAAAUUAAAUAAAUCUAAUUAGACUGCUCGUAGACGCGUUACAGUGAAAUUACAACAUUCAAGAAUUAUUUGUAGAUUAAAUCUUAAUCUCGUUCUCCUAUAGUACAAGACUUCCAUCAGGUUAUUAUGUUACUCAACAAAACCAGACUUGUGGGAUUUAACAAUCGAUCCCGAAAGAGCAAUAUGGAAGGUAACUCCACGUCGGAUAUAGUAAUUCUGAGCGGCAAUUCGCACCCGGAGCUUGCGGAAUUGAUUGCUAACCGGCUUGGGGUCCGCAAAGGAGGAUGCUCGGUGUAUCACAAAACAAACAGAGAGACAAUGGUGGAGAUUGCAGACUCCAUACGUGGGAAGAAUAUUUACAUAGUACAAACUGGUACAAAAGAUGUGAACAAUAACAUAAUGGAACUACUGAUCAUGGCAUAUGCCUGCAAGACUUCCUCGGCAAGAUCUAUUGUUGGUGUCAUUCCAUAUUUGCCAUACAGCAAGCAGUGCAAAAUGAGGAAGCGUGGAUGCAUUGUCACUAAACUCCUUGCGAAGAUGAUGUGCAAGUCAGGCCUGACCCACAUAAUUACUAUGGACCUGCACCAGAAAGAGAUUCAGGGCUUUUAUGAGUGUCCAGUGGACAAUUUGAGGGCUUCUCCAUUCUUGCUUCAGUACAUUCAAGAAAGUAUUCCUGACUAUCGGAAUUCGGUAAUCGUCGCCCGCAACCCAGGAUCGGCUAAAAAGGCAACCUCAUACGCCGAGCGUCUCCGUCUCGCCAUAGCCGUCAUUCACGGCGAACAAAAGGAGGCCGAGAGCGACGAAGUGGACGGCCGGUAUUCCCCGCCGUGUAUUCCGAGGUAA